AUGGUGACCAUCCUUAUCAAUCAGCCCGAGACAGGAGCCUUCCCCACCAGCCCAAGACAGUCGCCAUUCCCACAGCCGAAGACGGUGGCUACCCCUGUCAAGCAGCCUGAGAUGAUGGCCAUCCCUGUCAGCCUGCAGCUCAUUGCCAACGAGUUUGGGGUGACCACAGGAUGCCCAGAGACUGCGGCAUCACAUUGUCCCAUGCUGGAACAGCUACUCCCAGAGCUUGCUGGGCUGCUCAGCCUCCUGGACCAUGAGACCCUCAGCGACUCCACCCUGGAGAAGAAGGCGGCCGUGGCUUCCCUCCUGCAGAGCCUGCAACCCCUUCCAGCAAAGGACACCUCCUACCUAUAUGUGAACACCGCAGACUUGCACUCUGGGCCCAGCUUCGUGGAGUCCCUCUUUGAAGAAUUUGACUGUGACCUGAGUGACCUUCGGGACAUGCCAGAAGAUGAUGCAGAGCCCCGCCAAGGGGCCAGCCCGGAGCUAGCCCAGAGCCCGCCCAUGGAAAACGCAGUCGAUCUGCCCCCGCCACUCCCCAGCAAGCCUCCACCCGAGGACUACUACGAGGAGGCCCUUCCUCUGGGGCCCGGCAAGUCCCCUGAGUACAUCAGCUCCCACAAUGGUUGCAGCCCGGCACCUUCAAUUGUGGAUGGUUACUAUGAGGACGCAGACAGCAGCUACCCUGCCACCAGGAUGAACGGCGAGCUCAAGAGCUCCUACAAUGACUCUGACGCCAUGAGCAGCUCCUACGAGUCCUACGAGGAGGAGGAGGAGGAAGGGAAGAGCCCACGGCCCCGGCACCAGUGGCCCUCGGAGGAAGCCUCCAUGCGCCUGGUGAGGGAGUGCAGGAUCUGCGCCUUCCUGCUCCGGAAAAAGCGCUUCGGGCAGUGGGCCAAGCAGCUGACCCUCAUCAGGGACGACCAGCUCCUGUGUUACAAGAGCUCCAAGGACCGGCAGCCACACCUGCAGCUAGCACUGGAUGUCUGCAGCGUGGUCUACGUACCCAAGGACAGCCGGCACAAGAGGCACGAGCUGCGCUUCUCACAAGGGGCCACCGAGGUCCUGGUGCUGGCACUGCAGAGCCACGAGCAGGCCGAGGAGUGGCUGAAGGUCAUCCGAGAGGUGAGCCAGCCAGGGGUUGAGCGGGCCGAGGGACCCAGGGUUCCCGUGCCCCCAGGCAGGCCAGACCCAGACAAGAGGCUGUCCCAAGAGAAGCAGACCUCAGACUCCAAUAGCCUGGGCAUGGGUGAUGGCUGUUCCACCCUUGGGCGCCGGGAGACCUGUGAACACGGCAAAGGGAAGAAGAGCAGCCUGGCAGAGCUGAAGGGCUCAGUGAGCAGGGCCGCGGGCCGCAAGAUCACUCGCAUCAUCACCUUCUCCAAGAAGAAGCCGCUGCCCGAUGACCUGCAGACCACCUCCACCGAGGGGGAGGUUCCAUGCUGUGGCUACCUGAAUGUGCUGCUGAACCAGGGCUGGCGGGAGCGCUGGUGCCGUCUGGAGUACCACACACUGUAUUUCCACAAGGACCGUGACCUGCGGACGCACGUGGGUGCCAUCACCCUCCAUGGCUGCGAGGUGGCCCCGGGCUUCGGGCCCCGACACCCUUUUGCCUUCAGGAUCCUGCGAAACCGGCAGGAAGUGGCCAUCCUGGAGGCCAGCUGCUCGGAGGACAUGGGUCGCUGGCUGGGGCUGCUGCUGGCGGAGACGGGCUCCAGAGUCACCCCUGAGGCACUGCACUAUGACUACGUGGACGUGGAGACCCUGACCAGCAUCGUCAGCGCUGGGCGCAACUCCUUCCUAUACGCCAGAUCCUGCCAGAAUCAGUGGCCUGAGCCCCGAGUCUACGAUGAUGUUCCUUAUGAGAAGAUGCAGGACGAGGAGCCCCCACGCCCCUCGGGGGCCCAGGUGAAGCGCCAUGCCUCCUCCUGCAGUGAGAAGUCCCAUCGUGUCGACCCACAGGCCAAGGUGAAGCGCCACGCCUCCAGUGCUAAUCAAUACAAGUAUGGCAAGAACCGGGCAGAGGAGGAUGCCCGCAGGUACCUGGUAGAGAAGGAGAAGCUGGAGAAGGAGAAGGAGAUGAUUCGGACUGAGCUGCUGGCUCUGCGGCAGGAGAAGCGAGAGCUGAAGGAAGCCAUUCGCAGUGACCCAGGAGCAAAGUUAAAGGACCUGGAAGAAGCCGUGGCCACCCUGGAAGCCCAGUGCCGGGAGAAGGAGGAGCGCCGGAUCGACCUGGAGCUGCGGCUGGUAGCAGUGAAGGAGCGCCUGCAGCAGGCCCUGGCGGGUGGCCCGUCCCUGGGGCUCUCUGUGGGCAGCAGGAACAGGAGUGGGGAAACUGCAAUUAAGCCCCAGAACGGUGCCACAGAGCAACCUCUCCCAGUCAACUGCGUCUCUGAGCUGAGGAAGAGGAGUCCCUCCAUCGGAGCCUCCAGCCAAGGAAGGGUGCUGCAGAAAGCCAAGGAGUGGGAAAUGAAGAAGGCCUAG